AUGACGGCAGAAGAAGCUGCCGAUGUCGCCAGCGUCGUGCGAGGGGUGUGGGCAAAGGCCGUGGGCAUCGACGAGUCCGAGUUGCCCGAGGACACGCCCAUCGGCAACUUCACCGACAGCAUUACGCUCAUGCGCGUGCGCGCCGAUAUCAAGCGUGCCGUGGGCGUGGCGCCGUCCAUGGUCGAGAUCCUGGGCGCCCAAAAUAUCACCGCACUGGUCAGGCUUGCCGAGGUAAAGAACCCGGCUGCCGCACUGUCAGCCCCCCCAAGCCGUGAGGGCUACAUGUUCAUGUAUGGCUACGUCGUCAAGGCCGCGGACAAGGACAAGCAGGCCCUGCGGCGCGCCAUCGAGGCCUCCCUGCUCCACCACAGGGUGCUGGCCUCGUUCCUGGUGUCGGACCCGGCGAUGCUGGACGGGGACACCUUCGGCACGCUCGACGAGUUUAGGGAGGUCACACGGGAGGCGGCCGACAUCGUGAGGUGGCUUGUUGACGACCGGAACUCGGACAAGCCUGUCGGUGGGGCAAUGCGGUCGUAG